CCGGAACCCGAGCGGCCGUGAUCUACUAAGCAAAAAAGUGUUCAAAUUUCACCCUCACUCUCUCUGUCCAUCGUCCUGAUCGGAGUGGAUGGCGCACAAUUCUUGGAGGUGCGAGGUAGUGUGCAUCCCCUUUGCACAUCCGGUUCCGGUCGAGGCAGAAGUACGUGCAUCGGUUUGGCCCUCCGCUGGAGGGUACGCACCGUGCGGACGGGCGAAGCGUAACCGGCGCAAAUCAAGGCACAACAAGUUGAUAUGUUAACUUAUCAACGCCAACACUUCACUAUCUGCGCUGAGAUAUAACUUUUUCGAAAACCCGGACCCUCUGCUGCCAGCGAGUGCUAAAUUUUAUAUUAUAUUAUAUUAUCACAAUAUUUGAGGCAUCACACUCCGGUGGACAGCAUUGCCGCAGGUCGGUCGCUUCGGGCGCGGCGCACAGUGUUUGGAAAGUGCGUUGAAGUGCGGGUGGGCCAGUGGGUCGGAUGGAAGUCAUGCACCUCCCAUGUGUGUGGCAAUCGACGAGUCGGACGAGUGUGUCCCUUUUUGGUGGAGGUAAUGUGGCUGUUGUUGAUGUGAUCAAUUGUGAUGUUAGGCAGUGUUUUACAACGUUUGGCAUUAGCUAACUACGGCUAGGUUGGAAUGUGUCCGUGGUGCAAUGAUGAGUUGCUUUGUGUGCGGCUGCUGUCUAGAUGUCGCUCGAGCGAUAGAGAGCCAUUACCGGGGUAGCGUUUUAUUCUGCGAUGUGAAUCGAAAUUUAUGGCCGUGUCAUAUAACUCAGUUCUACGAAGCCCGCGACCCGUCUCCGUCGCUUAACAGCGCGGGCUACGUCGUGUAAGUGUAAGUACAGGAUUGUCGAGGUGUCUGUUCAUUCGCUGGCAAUUGUUGUGACGAUCAUGUGACGAGAUUCUGAGGCGCGCUGCUGUCGCAAUGCUGACGUGGAGUAUGCCUUACGCCGCAGAACGACUGCCCCGGUGUACCGGUGGAUGCCUGCGACUCCAAACGACCUGUUCCGAGCAGCGGAGUGUUUUAUCAGGUGGGCCGCUCCCUGCACCGAGGAAGGUGUUCGAUUGAUAGCUCCGCUUCUUACGUUUCCUGGCCCGACACGGCUACCCCUUCCCUUAUCGACCGGGGGCUUCCAAUCAAGGCAAUGUGCACACACAAAAUGGAGUAGCUUGUGCCGAGUCAUGGCCGCAGGAACGCUUUGCUUCGGGCACCACGAUGAAAUCCCAUCGAUAACUCUUUACUACAAGCCCACCGCUCCAGUUGGGUGUUGGUGAGGAGGAACAACAACGAAAAAAAAGAUGGAAGCGACGAACGAGCCCAAGGGAGAGGACCAGACGGCCAGUUCGGAAGUGACGUCCAGCGUGCAUCAGCCAGUUGCUCAUCAGCCGGUAAGCGUGUCACAAGCAUCGCAUACCCUCACCGACGUCCCGGUGGAUGGGAUGAUCGUGAACUCGGAACUACACACGGAACGCAGCUCGCCCGGCCAGCAGACGGCGGUGAUCAUCAACCAGCACAAGCAGCGCAUGAUCACGACCACGGGCCAGAUAAGGGAAAUCACAGAAGGACAGGAACCACCGAACGAGUCAUCGGAUUACGAUGCGGUCGAGUACCACCACCAAGCGGUACAGCCGGCGGGCGGUGUGGAGCAGCACGGGUAUAGCUACGAGCCGACACAUGCCACCAGCCAGGAGCAUCAGCAGGGUGUGGUGGUAAGCUCGGCCGCUGCCGCCGUACAAGCCUCAAGCGUACAGGUCGUCAAGCGGGAGAUGAUCGAAAAGGAGGCGGCUUUAGCGGCGGCCACAGCAGCAGCCAACAACAAUAACAACAACCCGCCAGAAACCACCAUCAUACCGGUGCAGACGCAAACCAUCUUCGUGGAGUACAAGAACGACGGCGAGGAACCGGUGCGGUACGUGAACCGGUACGAGGACGUCAAGUACCAUCCGCACUCGCGGUACAUCUAUCAGCAGCCGCCCGGCGGACUGCCGCUCUCGUCAACUCUACAUUCCUCCGGCUCGGGUCAUCCGCACGUGUCGCACCAUCCGCACCAUGCCCACCAUCACCACCAUCCGCACCACGGCCAUGGGAUGGUGCCGGGGCAUCAAACCCAUCACCACGUACACGCACAGUCGGCACAGGUACAUCAGACGAUAGAAGCGGUUUCCCAGCAUCCGUCGAGUGUCGCGGUGGCCACCCAGUCCGGCACGACGAUUCAGGUGCAGGCCCAGCCGCACCAGCAAACCAUUCAGGUGUACGAAACGCACGAGCCCGGCACCGGCCCGGGCGGUGAGCAGGUGCAGCAGGUCGCCGAAGGGACGGUCGAUGCGAAGACGCACUACACCAACCUGGAACCGGUGCACACGCUCGCCUCGCCCCAGAACUACUACAUCGCGUCGGACGGGUACGCGACCGGCAACUACACCACGUUUCUGCCCCAGAAAGAGACGAUCUACUACCAUUCGCCGAGCCCGAACCCGGUCCUGUACAAGGGCGACCCGACGCUUACCUCCUCGUCGAUCAUCACCAAGCAGAUACACUACACGCCGUCGCUGCCGGGCACGCAGAACAUGUACGAAAAUGCGACCGGGCACAGCAGUAGCUCGCCCGGUGCGCAACAGAUCUAUCCGGGCUACUGGAAUGGAGCGGGCGUAGACUACAACACUAACUUUACCGGCACGAUCGUGAUGGACAAUGCGGGCGGCAACGUGGGCGAGUACGCGACGAACGGGCAGCAUAGCUGGCAGAUCAGCUCGCUGAACGAUGCGUACGAUCCGCAGUUGGCAGCGCCACCGGAGCACCGUGAAUGCGUCAACUGUGGCAGCUCCGACACACCGCUCUGGCGGCGGGACAUCGUCGGUCACACGCUGUGCAAUGCGUGCGCGCUGUACACGAGACAGAAUCCGGGCACGAACCGACCGCCCAACCGGUCGCAGAAAGCCAAACAAACUGUGAAAACACCACCCGCCCAAGGGAACCGCCGUUCGGGCGUGACCUGUGCCAACUGUCAGACCACCACGACCACGCUGUGGCGCCGGAACAAUCAGGGCGAUCCGGUGUGCAAUGCGUGCGGGCUGUACUACAAACUGCACAGCGUCAACCGCCCGCUCACGAUGAAGAAGGACGGCAUCCAGACGCGCAAGCGCAAACCAAAAUCUAGUCAACAGAUUCAACCGAUGAACGGGCUUACGACGGGCAAGCUACUACCCUCGAUGAUACCGUCCCAGUAUCACUCGAUCGCGACCGAACCAAAGCACCUGAACGCGCCUCAGUCCCAUCUGGUGCAGACGUCCCAGCCGAUGGAGCUGCACAACAGCUCGCCGGGACAGGACCCGCGGUACGUGGACAGCUCACCCGGAGCACCCGGUGCAGGCGGUGGCAGUGGUGGUAGUGGUGGUGGCGGUGGUGGUGGUAACUCGUCCCCGCAUCUUGCACCCGGUCAGGGUAAUCUAGCACGCCACAUACCAAUAUCUGUACCAGUGUCGAUGGAUAGCAGCCGUGGUGCGAAUGGAGAGAUUACGAGCGUCAUUACCAGUACGGCGGUGGCCGAGCGGUCGGGAAAUUAGGUGUGCAAGGUCAAUCAAAAUCGACCUCUAGUGGAGUUACUUCAGGUGACAGUCGAAAGAAGUGUCAUGUCCGUGUCGUCGUGUGCCAAAUACAAACUAGAGUUAAGCGAACGCCUAGGAAAUAGCAGUAGAAAGGUAAACACUAGCUACAUUUCAAACGCACUGUACAGACGGUUAGGUAGCGAGCUUGGGGAAGACUGUGUGUGGAAGUAUUCUUAUUAAUAAAGUAAAACAAAACAAAGUCGUA